AUGGCUGAACAGCAGCAGCAGCAUGCCCCGGGCGGGCACUACUCUGGCGCCAAUCCCGUUCCCACGGUCAAGAAGUUCCUCGAAAGCCUGGACAAAGACAAGCAAGAGCGCGACAAGGCUAUCGAACAGCAGGGCCAACAACCGCAAACUGUCACGGCUCACAAGCAACACCCCCGUGGUAUCAAGGGCACUCAGAAGGAAGUCACCGAUCCCACGACCGGUCGCCAGGUCGUCAUCGAAGAUGUCAAUCGGGAUGUCAUGAAAGAGGUUGACAACCCGAAGCUCUCAGUUCCAAACGCGAACUUGGGCAAGGAUACACCGAUCAAGACGGAUGCCUCUCAAUCCAAUCCCGAGUACAAAUACAACCAAGAUGUUACUGCACCCCCUGAUCCGGUUGAGGAGGGCACCACCUCCGACGUUCCUAUCCACGGCGAGAAGACAAACAUUCUGUUCCAUCCCACCCCCUCUGUCAGCUAUGAGCCCUACUUUGAGGCUAUGGAGAAACGCACCACUGGCCUGUGUGCCGGAAUAUUCGCCGCUAUCAUAGUCGUUGGCAGGAUCUUCGGCGGCCAUAUGCUGGGCCUGACUGCUCUUGGUUUCUGCGUGUCCUCGGGUGUUUUUCUGUGGAUGAAGGAAGUCAUUCGCAGCGGACGCGAGGUUGAAUGGGAGAGCGAGAAGAACCGCGGCCAGACGGCAUCUGCAAAUCUGCUUCCCGAAUCAGUUGAAUGGAUGAAUACCUUCCUUGGAAUUGUCUGGGGUUUGAUCAAUCCUGACAUGUUCCAGGGCGUAGCCGACACGCUCGAAGAUGUCAUGCAGGCCUCGGUACCGGGUGUUAUUGAGAACGUCCGCGUUGCAGAAAUCAACCAAGGAAGCAACCCUCUCCGCAUUCUGAGCUUGCGCGCACUUCCGGACUCGCACAUGAAGGAGGUAAAACAGGCAAUCCAUGAAGAGAACAAAAAGACGAAGGAUCCCCAGGAAGCUGCUGCAGAUGAGGAGGGCGGUGACUACUACAACCUCGAGUGUUCCUUUGCCUACCAUGCGAAGCCGUCUGGCCAGCGUGCGUCAGACAAGGCCCGGAACAUGCACAUGCAACUCGUCUUCUAUCUGGGGAUCAAAGGCCUGUUCGGAGUUCCGCUACCCAUCUUCGUGGAGCUCCAGGGCCUUGUUGGCACCGUCCGUCUGCGUCUCAACUUGACUCCGGAACCGCCCUUCCUGAAGACCCUUACUUUCACUCUGAUGGGAGUUCCCCAGGUCCAGGCAGGAUGUAUUCCCAUGCUCGAGAAAGGCGUCAACAUCUUGAACCUUCCCCUGAUCUCCAACUUUGUCAACUAUGCUAUUAGCGCUGCGGCAAGUAUGUACGUCGCGCCCAAGUCUAUGUCCAUUGAUAUGCGGGCUAUUCUCCAGGGUGACGAUAUCCAGAAGGAUGUUCAAGCCCUUGGAGUCAUGUGGAUCCGCAUCCACCGUGCUAUUGGCCUCAGCAAACAGGAUAAGCGUGGCAGCAAGCAUGGUGGCAGUGAUCCUUACAUCACCCUGUCGUUCUCCAAGUAUGGCAAGCCUAUGUACUGCACUCGGGUCAUUACGGACGACUUGAACCCAAUCUGGGAAGAGACUACAGCCCUUCUUGUAACGCCCGAGUUGAUCAAGGCGGAUGAGAAUCUGAGCGUCGAGCUUUGGGACUCUGACCGCCAUAGCGCCGAUGAUAUUGUUGGCAAGGUCGAACUCUCGAUGCAAAAGAUGAUUCAGCAUCCUGGAAAGAUGUACCCUCAGGUCAGCAAGCUCGCUGGUAUGGAUGCCGACAGCACCAUGCCAGGGGAACUCCAUUGGGAGGUUGGUUACUUCAGCAAGCCUAAGUUCAGGCCCGAGCUCCGCACCGAUGGCAAGAACAACGCUCUCGUCGAUGAGCUCAAGGACAAGCCUGAACUGCAAGACGAGAAGGGCGUUACAAACACCGCCGAGGAUGAUGCAGUCCAGCACACUCCUCCCGAUCCUCUCUGGCCCAGCGGUGUCUGCAGUAUUGUCGUUCAUCAAAUUGUGAAUCUGGAGCUCGAAAACGUCAAAGGAACGCAGGGCAGCCGAAAUGGCCGAGAGUUUGAGCCAGCCAAACCUUAUGGUGAAACCACGGAGCAGGAAGGAAAGAACCUUCCCACCAGCUACUGCACGAUCCUCUACAAUGAUGAGUUGGUCUACCGUACCCGUGCCAAGGCUGUUAGCUCUCAGCCAAUUUUCAACGCCGGUACCGAGCGGUUCAUGCGCGAUUGGAGGUCUGGAAUUGUCACUGUUACUGUCCGCGACUCCCGCAACCGAGAACACGAUCCGAUUCUGGGUGUUGUGCCGCUCAAACUCACCGACAUCCUGGAGACUAGCUCCCAAGUCACACGCUGGUACCCACUCGAUGGCGGCAUUGGCUUCGGUCGCAUUCGAAUUUCUUUGCUCUGGCGCAGCAUCGAAACCCGUCUCCCUCCCCAGCUCCUUGGAUGGGACGUAGGCACUUUCGAAUUCUCGUCCGAUCGCAUUAUAGCAGUCAACUACAACCACCAUGCUAAGCUUCGUCUGCGUACUGGUGGAUCCACUGCAAAGAUUCCUCGCACUGAGGCACACGCAUUGGAAGAAGGUGAUGGUAUGUACUGGGAUCUAACCAAGAAAGAGGGUAAGAACGAUGUGCGGCUUCCCGUGAAGUAUCGCUACCGCUCCCCUAUCGUCUUCGAGUUCCACCUUAGCGGCAAGCGCAAGGCCGCUGCCUAUGCCGUCAUCUGGCUCCAACAUUUCAUCGACAAUGAGGAGAUGCCCGUCAACGUCCCCAUCUGGACAUGCUCUCACCCAGCCCGUCUUACCCAGAACUACAUCACCGAGGAGAACUGUAAGGGCGAAGCGGGUCUUGAGGAUCUUCAGGAAGUCGGUCGCCUACAGUUUACGGGCAGGUUCAAGGCUGGCACAGAUGAGAGCCACGAGGCCUUUAUCAUGGACAACGACUCACGCGAGACGUUUGAGACCUGGGAGGCGUGCAUGGCCGAGGGUGUGCGCCAGCGCCGCGUUGACAAGGAACUGCCAGACCGCAUCAAGCAGCUACACGACAACUCGCUCACAUCGGGCCGCGACGUGCUUAAGGGUGCGCCCGAGGAGGAGAAGGUGAAGUGGCUCACAAGAGACGGCACCGACUGGUCCGGCGCCUUCGGCGAGGACCCCAAGGCCUACAUGGACGCUUCUGGGCGCAAGCGUCGCGAGCCUGGCCGAGACGCCCCGCUGCACGACCCGCAUCACCCUAGCUCGGACGAGGACCAUGAGAGCGACCUCGACCGGGAUGACCAGGGGGACUCGAGCUCAGACGACUUAGGCAUCCAGGACGCAGACAACAUGGACGGCGCCGCCUCUAGCUCCGCCGGUGGCCGCAAGUCGACCUCGGGCGAGACGGCAACCACGGAAGGCACCACAGGAACAGGCAACACGUCUUCUUCCGGUUACACUCAGGACAGCAGUGGCAGCGGUCUGUCAAACAAAGACAUCAACAAGCAGAACAAGCGCACCGAGGCGCGCAAGCAGCGCGGCAUGAUGCAAUGGAAGCCCGCGCGUAACGCCAAAUUUGCCAAAGACGAGGGCAUCAUUGGCAUGAGGAGGCUGAAGAAUAGGAUCACGGGCAAGAUGGAGGGGAGGAAGCCCGGUGUUGAGACUGAGACGGGAACUUGA